AUGACGCGGCUUGUUGUCCACAGCACUUCGGCCGCGCAGGCUCGCUUGCGCCAGACCAUCCAUGAUGGGUGGUCGUUCAGGGAGGCUGACUCGGAAGAGCCCUUCCGCUCCGUCUCGCAGUUCCCGACUGUCAAUCACCUGGACCUGAUGCACCAUGGGCUGAUCCCUGACCCAGCCAAGGACCUCAACGCCCGAAAGGUGCAGUGGGUCGGCGAGAGGGAAUGGAUCUAUAGGACUACCUUCGACUUCGACAGCAUUAGCUGUAGCGGGUCCUCGGAUGUGCGCCACGUCCUCGUCUUCGAGGGCCUCGACACCCACUGCCGCAUUAGCCUCAAUGGUGAGCAGCUCUUGAGAACCAACAACAUGUACUUGGAGUGGCGCAUCGACGUGACGGACAAGAUCCGAAAUGGGCCCAACCACCUGGUGCUUCACUUUGAGUCCACGUUCCUUGUUGGCAAGAAACUCGAAACGGAACAGGGGUUCAAGAACAAAUUCUGGAAUGGUGAUUCCUCUCGGAUGAACACUCGCAAAGUGCCCUGCCACUACGGCUGGGACUGGGGACCAACUCUUCUCACUGCGGGCCCCUGGAGACCCGUCUACCUCGAGUCCUUCGUAACUCGGAUCUCUGAUCUCGGGAUCGAUGUCGAGGUGGCAGAUACCCUUGACGUGGCCACCGUUACGGUAACGGUUGAACUGGAGGGUUCCAAUGCCAGUAAAACAAGUUGGGUUGUCGAGCUGCUUGAUCACCUGGGGAAUAGCGUCGCGCGAGACUGGGUAGAGGCUGGCCAAAGCCACCGCUUUACCAUCAAGAGCCCCAGUCUCUGGUAUCCGGUCGGCUACGGUACGCAGCCCCUCUAUACCGUGAGGGUCUCACUCGAAGGACAACUCGACGUCGUUUCCAAGAGCUGUGGGCUGCGCCUGGUGGAACUGGUCCAACGACCUAUCGUGAAUCAGAAGGGCCUGACCUUCUUUUUCCGCGUCAACAACAUCCCGAUUUACUCUCAGGGUACUGACUGGAUCCCCCCUGAUGUCUUCUUGCCACGCAUGACACCGACGCGGUAUGGCGAGUGGUUGAACUUGGCUGCCAAGGGCAACCAGAACAUGAUUCGUGUCUGGGGCGGCGGCAUUUACGAGGACGACGUCUUCUACGACACUUGUGAUGAGCUUGGCAUCCUCAUAUGGCAGGACUACAUGCUAGGAUGCGGAGUCUACCCCUUCCACGAUUACCUGCUCCAGUCCAUCAAGGCUGAAGCCGAAUACAACGUGCGUCGGAUGCGCCAUCACCCCUGCAUAGUGAUGUGGUGUGGUAACAACGAGGACUACAUGUUCGCCGAGAUCCACAACCUGGAGUACGACAAGAACGACGAAAAUCCCGAGAACUGGAUCAAGUCUACGUUCCCUGGGAGGUACUACUAUGAAGUCACUCUCAAGGAGGUAUCAGAGAGGCUGUCACCCCGUGUCCCCUACCACCUCUCCAGCCCCUAUGGUGGCUCCUACUCCAACGACCCUCUCGUCGGCGACAUCCACUCCUGGCAGGCCUGGAUGGCUGACCAGCCACGCUACCCAUAUCAGGACUACGAGAAGCUGACCGGCCGGUUUGUCAGUGAGUUCGGGAUGAAGUCCUUUCCCUGCGCGCGCACCGUCAGGGCACUGGUCUCCGACCCGGCGCAGCGGCACCCUCAGUCCACCACCAUGGACGCCUGGCACAUGGCUCCCGAAGACCAGCGCACCAUUUCUAUGUACCUGGUCGACAACCUGCGCCACGGUAACGAUCUCGACUCUUACAGCUGGGCAACUCAGCUCAUCCAGGCCGAGUCGUCCGACUAUAGCUCGCGAGCCUUUCGCCGGCUUUGGCGCGGGCCCGGCAGCGAAGGCUGCGCAGGGUGCCUGAUCUGGCAGCUCAACGACUGCUUCCCUGCCGUCAGCUGGUCGCUGGUCGAUAGCAUGCUGCGCCCGAAGCUGGCCUACUACGUCACCAAACGUAAUUAUGCUCCGCUGCUGGUUGGUGCAACCCGGCGCGUCGCCAAGAUGCCGGCCAACGAAUUUACCCAUGUCGACAUUGAGCAGGAAACGUACGUGGAGCUGUGGGCAUCCAACCUCUCUCUCCAGCCCGUUGAUGCCCUCCUCGAAGUGUCGUACGUGGCCAUCCAGGGAGGCGAGCAGGUCCACACCAGCACCACAGCAGCGACACUCCAGCCCAACCGCUCGACCGAGCUGGGCAAGGAAACAUUCCCAGCCGCCCACCAGGAUGGUGCCACGGCCCUGGUUGUGCACACCCGACUGCUGGAGCGCACCUCGAAGCGCGUCCUGGCGCGGUACACUGAGUUCCCGCAGCCUCUGCGCCAUCACGACUUUAGUGGCGCCGCGGUAUCGGUGCGGCCGGUGGGGCCUCUAUCGUGGGUUGUGAGCGUCAGUGGUGGUGUGGCGAAGGCGAUAGAGCUGAUCGUCGAUGCGGACGAUGAUCGCCUUGCCGACAGUUGCGCUUUUAGUGACAACUGUCUCGACCUCGUGCCGGGGGAUGAACAGCUAAUCACUGUGCAGGUUGCGGAUGGGAUGAAGCUGCCCGUGAAAGGAUUGACCUUGAGGGAGAAGCAUUACAGCGCAUAG